AUGAACAAUUACUACCCAUACGGGUACUCGCCCUACCCGGGUCAGGCGCCUGCGCAACAACAGCAAGAGCCCUACUUCCCAAUCAUGCCGCCUUUUCCUCCCCAAGUGGCGUCCUACCCUCCGCACACAAACACCUUUGAAGCUCGUCCCCAGCCACCGGAUUCAUACGACCAAAACCAGACGAUGAUCCCUGGCCUCGGAUACAAUCAUCUUCAAGGCUUUGGUUGGUCCCAGCCGCAGCCGCAGCCGCAGCCGCAACAGCAACAGCAACAGCAACAGCAACAGCCAGCGGCAGCUCAGAUCCCCUUCCAGCAAUCGUGGCAGCCUCCGCGCGAGGGGCCUAACCUCAUUUCAGCAGCGCAAUACUAUCAGCCGAAUAAUGUGCCCAAAUCUAAGGCACCCAUGGGUUCGGAAACACUCCCUCCCACUGUGCCUAGGGGCCCCGCUAAGCCGACGACCGACGACGCCGAGGAGGGCGAGCUGAGUGAUGGCGAACUUGAAGAUGUCUACGAACCGCAAGAGACCGUUCGCUCCGGUAGAGACACCCGGGCGACUACGAAUGCGACCGCGGAGAAUGGCGACAACUCUGUCGGGCGCGCAGCCGCCAGCUGGUACGGCGAUCUUAGGGACGGUGGGAUGAGGGUUCCCACGGCUGCGGAUAUUGAUGAACGAGAGCGGACCCGAUCCUACUCCCCCCACCUGUCUCCUAACGAAGUCCAUUCGCGCACGGCUACAAACGACCAACACAACGACUCUCCUCGAACACAGGCGUUCGGUAGCAAGGCUACCCAGUCUUCCACGGCCCUGGCCGGUCAGCAGUCGGGCAAGAAAGCUUUGGAGGACGCUCGGCAGAGAGCCCAGUCGGCAGUUCUCAGCCUAUGGCCCCUUGGUGUCCGUCACCAGGAUUAUCUUGACGAGGGUAUCGACAAAAAUGUUGUCAAAGAACUCUUCAACGAGCUGAAACUGGAUUCCGGCACUUCCAGCCAGUUCGCCAUUCCAGGUCUUUCGGUCACCGCGCAGUUACCAGGACUUUCCCAGUCCUACACUCAGUCCAGCUCUCAGCCCAACAGUGCAUCUACCUCGACGGCAACAUUGAAACCUACGAACAAAGCGUCACCCACAGUGGCUAAGUCAGCUGGAGAAGAGAGAAAGGAUCGGAUCGCUCGUUUGUUGGCAGCAAAGAACGCAAAGUCCGCACCUUCGGCUCUCAACAACGGGGCGCCGGCUGCGGGCGCGAGCGACAAGGUGCUUAUCCAACAACAGAAGCAGGAUGCCCUCCAGAAAUCUCGCGAAGCCAGGGCCCAGAAGGCUGCCGAGCGCAAGGGAUCUUUGCAGGCUUCCCAGUCAAAGGAAACGUCCCCAGCAUCGUCGAUUCGAAGACCACCCUCGGCAACCAACAUCACAUCGGCCGCCCCGUCCACAGCCCAACAAGCUCAGGUUGCUUCCUCUCAGCAAUCGACUUCCCAAGUUGCUCCCGUAUCGACUAUCCCUGGUCUUUUCAUGUCUACUCCCCAAUCUGCUCCUAUCAACAACCAACGGAAACGACCGGUUGCCGCUGACUUUGUGUCCAACUCAAACGUCAACAAGCGGCCCUUCGGCCCCACACGACAAGACGAGCCCUUUGUCAUUGAUGUCAGCGACGUUUCCGACGAUGAAGAUGUCGAAAUGGAGAUAGGAUCUCCGACCGACGAGCCAGCGAGCAUUCAGCGUACCGACACGCCGUCUCGGAAGACGGCGUCUUUUCGUGACUUCCCUCCGAUAAGAGAGGGUAUUCCCCAGCGCCAGCUCUCUAGCCCAGCCCCUAGCAAUGUCGCUACGCCUCAGUCUGGUAUCCUGGGCGCUCAACCGAAGCAGGCGCAUCUUGAAGUCAUGGACAAACAGAUCGAGGCGAUGAAGCGAAAGAUUGCUUUGGCCGAAGCUCGCGCCAAACUAAAGGCUGUUAUGAGCAACCAGGCGGGUGGUCAGAAGUCUAAAGGACAGACGCCAGAUGUCGCUGUUGAUUCAGACAGUGGUAAGCCGGCUAUUCGACGAGUUCAGUCCAUGGAUGCGUCCAGUGCAUCUGAUCAGCUUAAUGGCCAGGCGUCCCCUGUAAUCGCCGAGCCCAGCGGUUCCAUGCGUCUGCCCAAGCUGUCAGACAAGCGCGUUGAGGGCGACUCGACCCGCGCUCAAAAGCUCCGCGUGGUCAGCACCAACCUGCCUCUCAUCGAGAAUCGAUUACAGGCGAAGAAGAGCAAGCUUCGUCUCCUUCAGUCACAGAUGUCCCGUCUGGAGAAGGAGAUUGAACAGGAGAUCGCGGAGAAACAGAAGCUGUCAGAGGAGAUGGAACAGCUCAACCAGGACUCGGACGAGUCAGAGGAGCCUCAAAACCAGCUCAAGAGCAAUUCUGUGGAUCCAGUUGUCACUCAGACGUCGACAGGGUCCCAGUCCAACGUGCAAAGCCCGUCGGCUGUUGCCACCGCCCCUAAGGAUCAGAGUGCCGGUAUGAUAACUUCAGCCUCUGCUGACGUUGCCGCCGCCGCUCGCCCCUUCCGGUCCCCGUCGACAGAUCAUGGCGAGAAAGUCCCCACUCCUACACGAGAAGUCGCGGUCACUGGUAAAGCCGCAACAAGCCCCCUUGAAGCCCCCACUUCCACAGACAACCAAGUAACUACUACUGCUGUUGCUGAGGUUCCUGUCGGCCACGUCAUCGCGGGUGACGACGAAGAGUCGCAGCCUGCUACGAGUGACGAUGCCUCUGAUGUUGUCAUGGGCGAGUCCGAUAGUUCGAGCUCUCUCGAGCAAGACCGAGAGUCGUCCUCGGACGCCUACGAACCCCCUGAGAACGUAGCUCCCGCAGUCGCGACAAAGUCCCCGUCUAUCGGACUGGCAGUGGCAGACAGCACCGUCUCGCUGGCCAACAGUGACACUGACUUGCAGCAACCAAGUUCUAGAGCCUCGCCGGUUCCCCAGCAGAUAUCUGUGGGUGUCAAUGAGUCGACUCCCGAGCAGGGAGUUGAUGCUGCCCCUCCCGUUGCACAAAGCACGAUUGAGCCCUCGUCUGGCGAUGGCUUCACCCCUUACGAGAGUCCGCUCCAGUAUUUCCGUGCUUACCGAUAUCAUCCCAAAUUUGCUGAAACCGUCCCUGGCGGGCUGCGGUCCCUCACCUAUAGCAACAGGAUCGAUCCGAACCUCCCCAUCUGCCCGGACGAACUGGCCGGGCGCGACUGUCCUAGGGGUGCUGACUGCAUUUACCAGCAUUUCGAGUCGAUGAAGCUGCCGGACGACCAAAUCCUCCUCCAGCUGGGCGGUACUACACUCGAAGGGCCCGAAAGGGCACAGUUUAACGAUGGAUUGCGAAAGCUGCUUCAAGAAAUGAGGUCGCAGAACAUCAAGGACUUUUCCAGCAUUGCACAAGGCAUUGUCGACUACCGCAAUCGCUUCACUAGCGAUCCGUCAAAGAUGCUGCCUCUUGGCAACGCUUCGAUCUAG